UGGGUUUAUAAAUAAUGCAUUUCCUUUGUCUUGCAGGAAUUCUGGAGGCAGAGGUACAAUCAGAUCAGCUGUGAACAGCUUACAUAGCAAAUCUAAUAGAGCUGAAGUAGUAAUAAAUGGUUCUUCAUCUCCAGCUGUUGUUGACAGAAGUAAUGAAAGCAUUAAGCACAACAUUAAACCAGCCUCAUCCAAAUGGAGACACAACCAGACACUCUCUUUGAAGAUCAGGAAGCACAUCUUGAAGUUCCUGGAUGCAGAGAAGGACAUCUCAGUGCUGAAGGGGACCCUGAAGCCUGGGGAUGUGAUUCACUAUGUCUUUGACAGAGACAGCACCAUGAAUGUCUCCCAGAACCUUUACGAGCUGCUGCCACGGACUUCUCCCCUGAAGGGCAAGCACUUCCGGACCUGUGCCAUCGUGGGCAACUCGGGAAUCCUGCUAAACAGUGGCUGUGGGAGGGAGAUUGAUGCACACAGCUUUGUAAUAAGGUGUAACCUGGCUCCUGUCCAGGAGUAUGCCCAGGAUGUGGGGCUGAAGACAGAUCUGGUGACCAUGAAUCCUUCAGUCAUCCAGCGUGCCUUCGAGGACCUGGUGAAUGACACGUGGAGAGAGAAGCUGCUUCAGCGCCUGCAAAGCCUCAAUGGCAGCAUCCUCUGGAUCCCAGCAUUCAUGGCCAAGGGGGGCAAGGAGCGCGUGGAGUGGGUCAACGAGCUCAUUCUGAAACACCGCAUUGACGUCCGCACUGCCUACCCUUCACUGCGCCUGCUGCAUGCCGUCCGAGGGUACUGGCUCACAAACAAAGUGCACAUAAAACGACCCACCACUGGCCUGCUCAUGUACACCCUGGCCACCCGCUUCUGCAACAAGAUCUAUCUCUAUGGCUUCUGGCCAUUUCCCCUGGACCAGAACCAGAACCCUGUCAAGUACCACUACUACGACAGCCUGAAGUAUGGCUACACCUCUCAGGCCAGUCCGCACACCAUGCCCUUGGAGUUCAAAGCCUUAAAGACGCUGCACCAGCAGGGAGCCUUGAAACUGACUGUGGGAGCAUGCGACGGGGCCACGUAAGACGGGCUGCCGCACUCGUGUUCCUGCAGGCUACACACCACAGGAGACUGGGGGAGGGGGAGCAAAGGACAAGUGGUGGCUAGUGGGGUUGGUUUUCUUUGUUAACGCGCAGAACAGUGACAAAAAUAUAUAUACGUGGUACCUAUAUAUAUUGACCUGAGUAUUAUAACUGUUUGGUGUUCACCAAGGAAGGGACAGAUGAGUUGCAGGAAGGUCUGAAAUGGCUUUGCCUCGGGCUGGCUAAGCUCAGCAGGAAGGUAGUUCUACGAUGCGAAGGUUGCCUUGGUUUGUACGGAUGUGUUAGGGCAACGGGUAAAUAUUAGGCCAUUUGUCGUGACUGGUCCAAGGUUGGUAGUUAGUUAGUUUGACCAAGAACCCAGGUGCUGGCACUUCUCAGUAAGUAGUGUUCUUGGCUCAGUGCUAAUGGUAGGGCUGUGGGGGUGCAGGGAGGGAAGGUUUGCUUGUGGCUUCACAGCUGAGGGGUUGCCUGAGUGACUGGACAGGAACGGAGAAACGCAGUCGGACCCAGCUGAGAGCUGCUGCACCUUCAGUCCAGCGGGCCUGCCCUGCUGCCUCUGGUGAACGGCACGCAGUAUCUUCCAGGUGGUCACCAGUCAAGAUCCAUCCCAGUGGUUCAGGCUGCAGCCUGUGUGGAAAGACCACUGGGCUGUGAAUGCAGCCUUUGAGAUGCAGCAUGAGACUCCAGCAACCCCCGAAAGGGGCUCUCAGUGGUGUGCUGGUUAAAAUCAGAUUUGCAGCUGUUGCACUGAAAGGAGGCCUGGGGCCUUCAAGGAGACAGCGCAGUUGAUGUUGUAUAAAAGACUGGGCAGAUGCUCUCCAAAGGGUGCUGUGUUUGUGCUUUUCUCUUUCUCUCUUAAGGAACUAUUAGUAAAAACCAACGGCGCUGGGAUGUAGCUGGAAGGCUGCUGCAAACCAGCAGUCAGUCUGAGGGGUUCAGCAGUGCCAAAGUCAAAGGGACUGAUCUUCUGUUAGAACUCAUGAAAACCAGGGGCACACUUAGCUCCUCAUUCCCAGUGGCUACCUGUUAAACAGGCCACCCCACUCCAAAAAAUGGGCAACGGGAUUGUGACCCAGUCAAGCAGAAAGAUCAAAAGUGAGGGCUGGAAGGGAGCCUGCCAAGACUGAAUCCCAGAGGUUGAUCUUCACCCCUGCGGAAAGAACCAGCAGAAGGUCUAUGGACCACUUAAGUCCAAGCUAACUGAUACUGGAAAGGCUUGAAUACAACUCAUGCAGGCCCCAGGCUGGCCUACUUACACAGGAGUGGAAAUCACCCAUUUUUUCAAGAAAUUCUAAGUAAAACCCACCUCUGUGUUAGCAACAAGAUCUACUUUAUGACAGAGAAAUGGUUCUAAAAACCAAGUUUGCUUGCCAACACUGGCUUUUCUAUCUUGUUGUUUGACCUUGAACCAAGAUUGGGCAGGUCUAUUGUAAUGUCAUUCCCUGAUGUCUGUUUGGAGGUUCAGGAGGUUUAAGAUCAACAAGUGCCAUUAACGAAGUUUAUCUUAGAUCGUGAAAGAGCUCUGGUUUGCACUAGGCACAUGCUUCCAUGCUUUCCAUCCAGCAUUUUCAAGUUAAGCUAAUCGACAUUGUCCCUUUAUAAAUCCAAAUGCCUACCACCACAUUGAAAAGGCAGAGCUACGUGGUUGUAUCUCUACAAAAUGCCCCACUGUCACUAGCAGCAGUAAACUACAUUGCUCCAGAUGUACUGUCUUCUAAACAGAAGUGAUGUAGCCAUGUCCACGCAGACUAAUUUACACCACUGAGUGGCAGUACGAGUUAGCCUGUCUCCGUGCUAAUUAGCCGGCCUGUGCGGCCAUGCUCCCAGCUCAGCAGGCAUCCUGUCUGAAGGAGUGCCGCAUGCUUGUGGGUACUGUCACCUGGGGCAGGAAUUUUAUCAUAUAGACAAAGCUUGAGUCAUGUUUAGGAGUGGUGGAAUUGCCAUACUGUCAGCAUCUACUCUGGUAGCUAGUCUCAAGCCCAGAUGCUUGUAACGCUGCAGCAGACUAAUUGUGGACUAAUCUGCCCCAAGGGGAUGUUUCUUCCCAACCCAAGGAAAUGAUCUGCCUGAGGCUUUUUUUUUUCCAAGCUGAACUUUGGCCUUAACAAUUAGCUUCAGCUUGAUUUGGUGAAUGUGCAUCCUACCUUGAACCUUAUUUCAACUUAAUUGCUUGUAUUUUUUAAGAGGGGAGGGAGGGCGGAAGAAAUUAAUU